GUUCGAAGAACGAAGGGGAGAGAGAGAAAGAGAGAGAAUUGGUCACAGGCAGAGAUUCGAGUUAUAACUGGGAAUUCCUUUGAAUUUUAUUUUGUUCCGCGAAUCCGAAGCAGAGCAGAGCAGAGCAAAGCAAUGGCAGCAAAACAAUCAUCCACUUCUGAAAGGAUUGAGGCGAAAGGGUUUACGGUGCAAGGCAAGACGGCGAUAGUGACGGGCGCAGGGUCAGGCAUAAACUACUCCUUCGCAGCGCUCCUGCUCUCGCGCGGCUGCAACGUCGUGCUCGCGGACCUCGCUCUACGUCCCGAAGCGCAGAACCUACUACAAACCUACUCCUCGCACCCACGCGCCAUGUUCGUCGAAACCGACGUCACAGACUGGAAGCAACUGGACCGAAUGUUCGAAACGUGCGCCCGCGAGUUCCCACAAGGACUCGACAUUGUGUGUCCCGGGGCAGGCAUCUACGACCCGCACUGGACCAACUUCUGGCAUCCGCCGGGGAGCAGCAGCGGGGUAUCUCGGGAUGACCCCGAAGGAGGACGCUACGCUUCACUGGAUAUCAACAUCACGCAUCCAAUUCGCACGACGCAGCUCGCCAUCUCGCGGUUCCUCGACGCAGAGAGAAAUGGAGGAAACAAAGCGAGUCCUGCUAAUCCCAAACGCGUGGUCAUUGUUAGCAGUAUUGCAGGGCAGAUGGCGAAUCUGAACACGCCGCUGUACGUAGCGGGCAAACACGCAAUGAAUGGGUUCAUCCGGAGUCUGGCUGCUCUCGAAGCGCGGGUCGGGAUCCGCGUGAACGGGGUUGCGCCGGGGAUUAUCAAGACGCCGCUAUGGACUGAGCAUCCGGAGAAGAUGGCGUACCUAGACUCUGGAAAAGACGAGUGGGCGACGCCCGAGGAGGUAGCGGAGGCGAUGGUGAGGUGUGUUGAGGACGAGGAGUUGGGAGGGGGCGUGGUGUUGGAGGUGGGCAAAGGGCAGACGAGGAGGGUUGAGGCGCUGAACGAUGGGGGGCCGGGCGGUGCUGGGCAUACGGUGAGUAGGCUGGCUGAGAGCUACGAGGAAGUGUACGGGUGGUUGGCGCGGGAAGGGUGGGGGCAGAGGAAAAGAGAGAAGUCUGUGUUGUGAGUAAGGAUGGUAGAAUGAGUGUGAGGGAUUUGUCAAUUGCAAAUCUGGACGGUCUGUGAGGUGAGUGAGGCGGAGAUGUGACGCGCGGGCGGGUACC